UGUCCUUCUGUUCUGGUGCCUCUGAAAUUUUCUUUAAGGAUGGAAUUCGACGCAGGGCUGGCUCUGCAUUCCAAAGCCAUCGCUUGACUGUAGCUUUCACUUCGCCCCCUCGAUGAUUUUGCUUGCUUUCAGGCAGCUCUCAUUUCCGUGCCUCGGAGGCCUUUCCGACAUGCGGGGUAGCUGAGAGACGCCAACGAUGGAGGAGAAGAAGAAGAAGAGUCCCAAGGCUCAUCUGGGCCAGCCGGUGCCUGCAAGCGCACUGCGCAAGUUGCCUGUUCCUGCUAGCAAGAGCGCCUCUUUCUCACUGGGGAUGCCGCACCUCCCUUCCCCAAAGCAAAGAGCCAAGUUUAAGAGAGCAAACAAGGAAACGCCUCGAGUCCCCCAGCUUGGGGGUAAUGCAGGGUCUGUGGUGGGCACCCCCCUGCAGCAUUCGUUCCUGACCGAUGUCUCCGAUGUGUAUGCGAUGGAAGGGGGUCUCCUUAACCUGCUGAAUGACUUCCAUUCAGGCAAGCUGCAAGCUUUUGGGAGAGAAUGUUCUUUCGAGCAGCUGGAACACGUUCGGGAGAUGCAAGAGAAACUCGCCCGCCUGCACUUCAGCCUCGACGUCUACGUGGAGGAACUCGCGGAAGAUCAGAAGAAAACGGUAGCCGACAGGAAUCUGGAUCAGCUGCUGACCAACCUGGAAGAACUCAGCAAUUCCAUACAGAAGCUCCACCUGGCUGAGCAUCCUGAUCUGGAAGAAGCAUCCAAUGCCUAGAAGAGGCAUCGGGAGGGGCCAGGCUCUGAGGAGGCCUUGAGAAGCAAUGGAUAAGGAUGCCUGGCAGGAGGCUGCUUCACACCUGGGCCAUGAAUGGUCUGUAAAAAGUUGAGGGAGGGAGGCAGAGCUAUGCAAGCAGGACCGGAGAUCUGCAGGAGACAGAACGCUCGAUGGGAAAGAGCCCGUUCUGCGUGGCUACUGAAGAGAGGAGGAAUCAAGGAAGGAAAAUGAAAGGGGCCAGCGAGGAGGCAGGUCCUCUGCACCUGAACUUGCAGAUAAGCCCCGAGUUGGGCCGAGAGCCCCCCUUUCGCUCAGGUGCGGCAAAAGGUCUCGUGCGGCGAAGAAGACACAGCCCAGAAUUGCUUAGGUUUUCCUUCCUUCUUGCCCUGUCGCUCCAGUUUCCACACUGGACAGGACUCUUCUGAGAUCUGCGAUGAGCAGCAGACGUAACACCCGUGGCCUCGCGCUCCGGCUCCUCCUGCUGUGUGAGCUGCCCACCUCCCAUUUUUAAUUUUUUUCUUUUGUAAUGCCGCAUGAGUUUAAUCUCCUGCAUCCUGUGCCUGCCCUGCAUAUAGCUUUAGUUUCAGGGCAAUAUAUUAUUCCUUUCUAAAAACACAAUUAGUAUAUUAAGGGUAGGACAAUUGCUUUGCUUUCCCUUGUCCUACCCACAGUAUAUUAAGGGUAGGACAAGGGAAGGGCUUGGAAGAAGCAGUCUGGGGCCGUUGAGGCAGAGAGGUGGCAUGGCAUCAUGGCUUAGAGGUUCCCAGUUAGAGCGUCAUCUUUACUGUGAAGUGGCCUUAGGUCAGCUGCCCCCUCUGAGCCUCAGGCUGCUCUUCCUCCAGCCACAAUCUGCUGACUAUCUUAGCUGGUUGUUUUAAGAAAUGUGUACAUGCAAGGUGCUUUAGAACAGUGUAUUUCAAACUUGGUGACUUUAAGAUGUGUGGACUUCAACUUCCAGAAUUCUAUGCUGGCUGGGGAAUUCUGGGAGUUGAAGUCCACACAUCUUAAAGUCGCCAAGUUUGAAAUACACUGCUUUAGAACAUUACAGCUGUUGGGAAUUGGCUGUUCAGGAACCUGCACGACCUGCUUCUUCCAGACCAGGAAGGCCCCAUUUCAGGGAAUCACAGAGGGGUCUUAAGGCCAGGGAGUCCAAUCCCUGCUAAGUGCAGUAAUCCUGAUUAAAGCAUCUCCAACAGAUUGCCGGGUGCCAUGAAGAGAAUGACGCAUGUGAAGCCUCCAGGAUGAGAAGUGUGGUGUUGGUGCAAUGGCCACGUAUCUUUCACCUGAACUUGGGUUUUUUUUAAUUGAUUUUGCACUCCCCUUGUUCACGAUGGCCCUUUUCCAUUCCUCCUCUUCCACUUGGAUCUGUAGCUGUGGUGAACGGACGAAUGAUUACACCGUCAAACGUGAAGGCAGUUGGGGAACUUUUGUGCUGAGAUGGUACAUCGGAACAUGGGCAACCCCUGUUCCCCCACCCCGCCCCAUCUCCCUGGCUGGGGAAGUGCAGAAGAGGGAGGGCACCAAAGCCAGUCAGUUUGCUUGUCGCGGGCUAUAAAGUCAGGACAGCUCCGUUUGGCCAUGAGCCGCAGCAGAGCAAGAGAGCAUCACCACAACGCCCAAGAAGAGAUGGAGAGAGCUGCUGCUCAGUGGUGGGAAGGACCUACAAGUAGGGAGUUCAGUUCAGAAAAUGAUUUGGAUCUACCAGCCUGUUUCUAGAUGGUUCCAACUGUUGCUGGAAUUGGGGGGGGGGGUUGCCCAUUUGUAAGUCAUUUCUAGGUAGAAGAGUCCCCAUGUGAGUUGGGGUUCACUCCCAUCUGUGGCUCUAGUUCAUGCAAGUGAACAACAUAAUCAAUGUGUUAAGUGUUGGAGUAGUUGAACCAUGAACCCCAAUCCUGUACAAAAAACCUUAGUCAGGAAAGAAAAAUUGAUGUUCAGAAUGACACGGUUUUUGGUUACUCUUAUUGAACACUGGUGCUACUUAUUCUGUUGAUUUUCUUGUAAAAUAAAGCUUUAUUACUGGUG